AUGAAGCUCAAUUUGCCGAGUCUUCCGAACCCCGGUAAAACCGGCUUGUCCGUUGCACUCGCACUGGCCUUGGCAUUGCAUCUGGUUCUUUACCGUAAGACGCUACAGGAUGCCAUUCGUGAUGGUCGUAAGCGCCUCUUAGUGCUAAAGACUAUGCAUCGACGCUUUGCUAACCAGCGACUCAAGCGCCUCAACAGUCUGGGCGACGACCGUAAAUCCCAGUGGAUGUGGAAGAAGGGGGCGGAGGCUUCUAUGUCUUCGGACGGUGACAGCAGCGAGGAAAGCGCCGACGGUACAAGCAGCACUGAUGGCCUCAUGGCCUCGCAGAAGAAGAUCGUGCUUGUCAUGGUGGGAUUGCCUGCUCGUGGCAAAAGUUUUGUGGUGCACAAGGCACUGCGCUACAUCGAGUGGAUGGGUUUUCCCACACGCAUGUUUAAUGUCGGUAAUUUGCGGCGCAAAUUAGGCAAGGCAGGAGAGGAUUCCACCUUUUUCAGUGCCAAUAACUCGGACGCCACGCGACUACGUGAGGAGAUGGCUAUGGAUGCACUGGAUGAACUCCUCGAGUGGAUCGAGACCGAGGGACACGUUGCUGUCUUUGAUGCGACUAAUACGACCAAGCUGCGCAGACAACACAUUCUAGAAAAGGUGAGCUCACACCGCAAUAUUCGCGUCAUGUUUGUGGAGAGCAUUUGCGACAACGAGGAGCUGCUUGAGGUAAACUACCAUCGAAAGCUCUUGAAUGCUGAUUAUAAGGAUAUGGACCCCGAAGUGGCCCUCGCUGACUUCAGGCAGCGUGUACAGGAGUACGAGAAGGUCUAUGAAACCGUUGAGGACACGGAGGAUAGCGGCAACGCGUGCUACGUCAAGGUGUACAAUGCCGGCGAGAAGAUUCAGGCGAGGUACUGCCAGGGUUUUCUGCAAAGCCACAUCGUGUCGCUCCUUCAAAAUAUCCACCUAGUCCCGCGUCGAAUCUGGCUGGUGCGCCCGGGACCGAGUGUCACAAGUUGCAAGGGUAUCCUUGGGCUUGACUCGGAGCUGGCGUCGGAGGGACACCGGGUGGCGUAUGCGAUCGCGCGCUUUGUAGAAAAGCUGGAGCUCGAGCGCCCAAUGGAAGUGUGGACAAGUCCCAUGAAGCGGUCAAGAGAAACGGCAAACUACCUACCCACCCGCAACUUAAAGCGCUACGUGACCACCACGCUGCUCAACGAGCUGGGAGGCGGUGACUUUGAAGGUCUCACGUAUGAGGAGAUCGAACGCUUUUAUCCGAAACACUAUACUGCGCGGCUGCAGGAUAAGCUACGCUAUCGUUACCCUGGUGUGGGCGGUGAGAGCUAUGUGGACGUGAUCUCGCGUCUGCGCUCCCUGAUUGUGGAGUUUGAACGCAAAAAGCGUGACGUGCUGGUGAUCUGCAGUGAGUCUAUUUUGCGCUGUCUCAUGGGCUAUUUUGCUGGGUGCGAGGCCGCUAAGGUGCCACACUUGCAGGCCUAUAAGAACACCGUCAUUGAGUUGAGCCCCCACCGGGACGGCUGCGACAUCAAGCUUAUUCCACUCGAGUUCGAGUAG